AUGACUUUUUCACUGGCCAAGAGUACCAAGUGGGAGGUUUUGAGCAUUGCUUCGUCAGAGGACCGUUACUGUGGGGAUCCUCUCAUUUGGUACCGGCAAGACAUGCUGAGGGAGAAAGGAGUACGGAGCAUAUUUGUGGACUGGUCCCAGAGUAGCGCAAUUGGAGAUCUGUUCAAGGUCCAUCGUCCAGGCCAUGUGGUCAUAGUGCCACCCAGUGUGGGUGGCAGAGGUUCAGGGUACAGUCUGAAUGCCGCCAGGUGGGCGUCGGCACUACACGACUUUGUAGCUCUGCUUGAGACUGUGAAAACGGUGUCUCCCUGCACACGAAUGACUCUCGUUUCAGUCUCCAAGAGCGUCCGUAACGAGCUUGAAGUGGUUGCUCCGAGCGAUAAGAACAUUAGUCUUCUCGAGACACUUGUAGGGGCAUUUGAGCUGACUCUGUCGACGUACCACACUCUCUAUCAGAUUCCAUUCUCUGUUCUAAGGCUCAAAGGCCUCUAUGGGCCCUGGACGCACAACGGACUCAGCGCAAACCCCGUGGGUUGUUUUAUUGACGACGUUGUUGGUAGCUUACACUUGGCACUGUCGCUGAACUCUAAGUGUGUGGUACUUGAUUUCGGCGCUUGUGAUGGUGAGUCUAGUCAACACGCACUAGGGAUGCUGGGACAAACCCCAACCCAUCUUACUUCUCCUGCUAAGGCUAGGGAAAUUACUGAGACCUGGAAGAGAGAGUACGAGUCUAGGAAGAGGUCGAGAAUAGUCCUGACAUCGUAUUUCACCGGGCACGGGCUCCGCGCAGCCACUAACAGGUUUCAGAGGCUCCAGAGUUGGCUGAAGGGUAUCACAAAGCACGGAGGAGUGGAAGCCGUGGUGCUACACGAUGGGCUGGGGGAGGAGUUUAUGGAGCGUUGUAGAGAGCGUUACCCUGGCCUUCGUUUUGAGUUAGUGUCCCUUCCGUUUGAUUUCGGGAGGAACAGUGGUUGCAGACAGUCUGUUUUAGCACUUGCUAAGUACCUGGAGGGUCGUGCUGACAUAGGGAGCGUGGUCGUAAUGGAUGUUGACCGAAGCAUGAAGACGAACUUGUUUCCUACAAUGGAGUUCUUGGGAGAUUGGCUGUACUCUGACAUCGACAUGAUAGAAUUUCGCGACCUCCUCGCAGAGGCGACUAGUGGAGAACAUGAAGACUCUGUUGUCCUAGCAAAUUCUCUUGUUCUUGGUGGGAGCAGGCACAUGGUGCUGGUGGCACUAAACAAAAUGGCCGACUGUUUGCAGAGCAGCCAGGGUGCUGCUGCACUGAAAUGCCUCAUGGAUGAGAACUUUGUUCAACGUGCUGUAAUGGGGUGGCCCCUAUCCAUUACUGUAUGAUUGAUGUAUUACCAAUGAAGCC